AUGGCCUACUGGGAAAGACACGAUGCUUCCCCUUGUAGAUGCUUCUGUCCCAAGGCCGUCGGGCUGCAACAUUCAACAACCCCCGAAGACUUCACGGCACUGGCCCAGCAUCCCAUCAACUAUCAGCCCAUGGGCGCAAAUGACCUCGAACGCGAUCGGAAGCCCAUUAUGACCGAGGAAAUUUACAACAAGGAGGCUUGA